GGUCACACCAGGCAUUACACUCUUGGCGUGUUGCACAUUUCUCUGUUUAAUUAAAGUAAAAAAGACCAAUUCACGGUUAUAUAACAAAAUGAACAGCCUGAGGACAGCGACCAUGCGAUUUGCCGCUCUGGCCAGCUCCAGUGCUGGAUCCCUGGGCAAGCGCGAUUUCACCCGAAGCCUGUGGCACAUGACCAAGAAGCCGGUAACAGCCGGAGGAUCCGAUCAUGUAACCGUGUUGAAUCUCCACAAACCCAGCAUUAAUUGCACGUGCGGCUGCAACGUGCACACCAAAUGUGAGAAGGAACUGGUGGAGUUCCUCACCGAGGAGAUUGUGGCCGAGCGCAAGGUGCAAAAGGGCAAGACGGUGCCAAGCACCCUGGACGGAUUCGCCGUAAAACUGACCGGCGCCGAUGUGGAGCUCACCAAACAGACGGAUAAGGAAAAGGUGGUGGUCAGCUUCAAUGUGAACCAUACGGUGGACAGCGAGGAGGAGCCCGAAAUUAACCCCAAUGCUGACAAGCCGGAUCUCGGUGAAAUGAGGAGCAAGCCCCAGUUCGAGGUGGACAUCAUCAAGGGCAACUCUACACUGUCCUUUACCUGCAGCUUCCUUCAAGGCGAAGCUCAGGAGGGCGAGUACAACGAUGUCUUCUCCAUUGAUGAAUUGGCCAUCUUCGAGGGCGAGUGGAACGAUAAGGUCUACGCCGUCGCAGGCGACGUGCUUGACGGUUACUUGUACGACUUGCUGAUCAACUUGCUGGAGGAGAAAGGCAUCAGUCAGGAGUUUGCGGAGAAACUGUCGGACCUAGCCACUGCCCAUGAGCACACUUCCUACAUUGGUCUUCUGGAAAAGCUCUCCAAAUUCACUGCCGGUGGCAAGUGAAUGUUCUUCCCACCUAAUCUUAAAGCAUAAAGUUGUGUAGGUUUUUAAGUUUCUAUUGUCUGCUGUCGCAGUUUCAUCACUAAAAACAGUUUUUAUUAGUUGUGUUUUUGGUUUAACUGUGACAGUGAAACUUAGUUUUUAAGCCAGAAAACAUUCAUACAUGUUUCAGAUAAAACUAGAAACGGUUGCCAAUAAUUCACCCACUUCGGCAUCAGCUUCGCUUUGGAUUUUAACAAAUACAUCGUUAAUUCCCUA